UAUUCAACGUAACUUCUGUAUAAACCCAUUAUAAUUGCCUUCAAACUCCACAUACAUAACGAUCAAGCAUGGAAACAAUCACCACUGAGAAUUUGGGGGUUUCAAUUAUCAUUUCAAAAUGCAUGCUUUUAUUAUCUUCUCAACAAAUCUUCAAUGCUUCUAUCUUCUUUAUCCUCUUUGUGUUCUUGGCCUGGGUAGCCAUGGCGCUGCUCUACUGGGCAUAUCCCGGCGGCCACGCGUGGGGGUUGUUUUACAUCAAAAACCGAUGCGGCAAAGGCCACAAAAAUAUUCCCGGGCCGCGGGGAGCUCCGGUCAUCGGAAGCAUGAGCCUCAUGGCCGGACUUGCUCACCGGAAACUAGCCGCCGUGGCUCAGGCGAAAGGAGCAAAACGGCUAAUGGCGUUUAGCCUAGGGGAGACUCGAGUUAUUGUGACGUGCAAUCCCCACGUUGCCAAAGAGAUACUGAAUAGCUCGGCGUUUGCAGAUCGUCCGGUGAAAGAGUCGGCUUAUGGAUUGAUGUUUGACAGAGCUAUGGGGUUCGCCCCUUACGGCGUGUACUGGAGAACGCUGAGGAAAAUUGCGGAUAAUCAUCUCUUCUCCCAGAGGCAAAUCCGCGCAUCUGAAACUCGAAGGCGGGAGGUCUCCGACCAAAUGGUGUCCGCAAUUGCGAAUCUCGACGGCGGUGAGUUUCGGGUCAGGGACAUCCUAAGAGUAGCGUCGUUAAACAGUAUGAUGUGUUUGGUUUUCGGGCGAAAGUACGAUGAAGUGGAGGAAGUAAUUGAGCUUGUACAAGAAGGCUAUGGCAUACUUGCGCAGCUCAACUGGUCCGAUCACCUCCCUUGGCUCGCCAACUUUGAUGUACAGAAAGUCCGGCGGAGAUGCUCUGCGCUCGUGCCCAAAGUGAACCGGUUGGUUUCUCGUAUUAUAUGGGAACAUAGAGCUCGCAAGUUUUCAGGCGAGGAAAGCCAUGACUUCGUUGAUGUUCUUCUGUCUCUUAAUGCACCGCAGAAGUUGUCAAAUUCUGAUAUGAUAUCCGUUCUUUGGGAAAUGAUAUUUAGAGGGACUGAUACAGUGGCAGUGUUGAUAGAGUGGAUACUGGCAAGGCUGGUGCUUCACCGUGAAAUCCAAACGAAGCUACAAGAGGAGCUCGCCGGCGUCAUCGGAAGGUUAGGGACGGUGACGGAAUCCGACGUUGCAUCGCUUCCGUACCUGCAUGCAGUGGUGAAGGAAGUGCUGAGACUACACCCACCAGGUCCACUUCUAUCGUGGGCCCGUUUAGCCGUCGCUGAUACAAUCGUGGAUGGGUACCACGUGCCAGCUGGGACCACGGCCAUGGUGAACAUGUGGGCCAUCACGAGGGACCCAGAUAUCUGGGCUAACCCACUAAGAUUUAUGCCGGAUAGGUUCAUGAAGAUGACAAUGGCGGAGGAGGUGUCGGUUAUGGGGUCUGACCUGAGGCUGGCUCCGUUUGGGUCUGGCCGCCGGAGCUGCCCCGGGAAGACUCUGGGUUUGACCACCGUCGUCUUUUGGGUGGCUUCUCUUCUGCAAGAGUUUGAUUGGGGUGGUUCCGAUCAAAAGCCAGUGGAUCUCUCGGAGGUCCUCAAUCUUUCCUGUGAAAUGGCGAAGCCCCUGACUGUUAAAGCUCUUCCACGCCGUCGUACUAAUACAUAAAUAGUAGUGAAGUAAUCUCUUGGCAACUACGGAGUACGUACAAUUACAAAAUAUGUGUGUGGUUAUACAUAAUGAGUGUGUGUAUACACACACAUACAUAUAUAUGCAUAUAUGGUAAGUGUUAAUUAGUCUAAGAAAAUUAAUACUACAUUACUCUUUGAU